AUGCCUUCAGCAGGACGGCAGUUCGUCCUUGGCGUGGCAGUGGGUCUCACAGUAGCCUUUGUUGUGGUCAGUUUUAACGUGCUCACAUACAACCCGGUGCACAAAGCCGCAGUCCAGUCCUACCACGAUGAUGUGUAUAAACAUAUGGCAAGCAUGUCUAAAGAUAGAGUGCUCUUGGUGAACGACACACACAUGCACCACGAUGAUGACAGUGUAGCCAGGAAACUACGGGAGCAGGUUCGAGUUCUGGUUUGGGUAAUGACUUCCCCUUCCAACCUGGAUAAGAAGGCCACUGUUGUGAAGCACACGUGGGCUCGAAGAUUCAACAAAUUCCUAUUUUUCAGCUCAGAGGACAAUGCAACAUUCCCUACAAUUGGUCUUAAAGUUCCUGAGGGCAGAGAACAUCUAACAGCAAAGACAAUGAAAGGCUUUCGCUACAUUUAUGAGCAUCAUUUGAAUGAUGCCGAUUGGUUUAUGAAAGCAGACGAUGACACUUACGUAAUUGUUGAAAAUCUGCGCUAUUUUCUGUCAAGCCAGAACACAAGUGAACCCGUUUACUUUGGUCAUCAUUUUAAGACAAUUGUAAAACAGGGAUACUACAGCGGUGGUGGAGGCUAUGUUCUCAGUAAAGAAGCUUUACGAAGGCUUGGUGCCAAGGGAAACGACUCUUCAAUAUGCAGACAAGAUGGUGGUGCAGAGGAUGCUGAGCUUGGACUUUGCAUGGAGAGACUGGGAGUCCGGACAGCUAACAGCACAGACUCCAUGAACAGGAGUAGAUUUCAUUGUUUUGAUCCAGAGACUCAUCUGUUCGGUGGUUACCCUGAGUGGUAUUACCAGUAUGAUUCACAUGGGGCUAAAAAGGGUCAAGAAAGUAUAAGUGACUAUGCCAUCAGCUUUCACUAUGUUCCCCCAGAGAAGAUGCUGGCACUAGAGUUCUACAUUUAUCAUCUUAGACCUUACGGUAUCAACUCAGGAGAGCAGGAUUUGAACAGACAUGAAGGAAAACACUGA